CCCCGACGCAUGCGCGCGUUGCCGGGCGUCCUGUCGCCGAGCUUGCGGGCCGGAGCCCGAGCCCGAGCCCGGAGCCGCCAUGUUGCGGAGGAAACCCACCCGCCUGGAGCUCAAACUGGACGACAUCGAGGAGUUCGAGAGCAUGAAGAAGGAGCUGGAGAAUCAGAAGAGGCAGCAGCGGGAGGAGGGGGAGCUGGUCAGCCCCAGUGAGAUGGACAGUACGAACGGGGCCAGGGACGAGGCCAAAGUCCGAGAGAAGAUCAACGAGCGGAUUGGAUAUCGUCCCAAUCCUCACAUCAAACCCUUCUCAUUGUUUGGGAAUCUUCAUUGAUGACCCGGUGCCCAGCAGCAACCUGCUCACGGCAGCGGUUUCAGGAAUGUCCCAACCUGGGUUCGCUCACGCAAAAAUGUGGAACAGGCUGAGCUCCAGCGAUGAUCUGUGAGGCUGGUGAAGAACUGCCCUUCCCUGUGGAGGACAUUGGUUACAAUGGUAGAAAGACUUAUCUCCGGGAAUAUCCAUCACAAAGUGUCUUUAAACCCAGUGCUGAGCUGAACUGAUUUUACUUUGUUUAACGAAAAGGACUUGCAGUGUAUCAGCACCUUGGGAUAAGCCACUCUGCCUGAUUCAAGGAAAUUAAUACACCAUCCACUCAGGUAGUGGAUUGCAGGGUUACGUCCAUUAAUAAAUGGUCUCCAGUGA